GUGUACAUAUUUGGUUAUGUAAUUACCUUUUCCUGCAAUGGCUACAGACAGCAUGAUCAUUUAUUUGUUAAGUGGGUACAAUACGUACGUCAUAUUUUUUCCAUUCAUGUAUUCACUUUUUUAUUUAUCGUUUUGGCUUUUUCCUUCAUUCAAUAGAACAAGGCAGUUUGAACGAAAAUACUAACGCUAGAAGAUGAACCAAACCACUACACUGAAAAAUAAUCUGGAAACAAAGUGAUUCCUCGGAAACAUUUAUCACAACCAAAUUAAAUGAAAAUUGCAGUCUCAGUUUGAUUGAGUUUGUAAAUGAGGGAUACUGAAUAAGUGCAAUAUACCUCACGCCGCCUUGCAAUAGCUUGAGCGGCACUCAAUUGUCAACACUUAAUGGUGCUGGCAUCAAUAAUUACGAAGGUCUAGAAGAAAAUAUUAGAACACUGAAGUGAAGUACGGGGCAACUUUUUGCAGCUGCCACACAACACUUGACACAUGCUGUUGUGAAGUAUUAAAAUCUGGAGUAUCGAUUUAUUGAAAUGUGUAUUGUGCAAUAAUUAACGUCUAUUAACUAUUUAUUCUGAGAACGUUACGGGCCUAUAAAGUAAAAAACGAGUGGUUGUUGUUGUAGAACUUGUAUGAUCAGUAUAUUUAACGGACUGCUAUAAUAAUUUACUGAUAUUAACGAAGAACAAAAAUACAUGCAGAAAAUGGUUAUUUGGACGCUUACAUUGUUAGUUGCGUUGAGUCUAAAAGCUUGUGCUGUGGCUAUCGAGCAAGAAUCAAAUAAGGCGAACGGGUACCUAAUUGACAAGUGGGGAAAAUUCUUUGAUUUUGAUGAUUUCAAUCAUGAUGGAAUUCUUUCAUUUGAAGACCCCAAAGCAUUUCUGGAACAUUAUAAAGCUCGUGAUGAUCUGACUGAUAAGCAAAAAAACAAGAUCAUAAAAGAAAUGGAUAGACUAUGGAAGGUCUUCUAUUUCACAAACAAGAAAGAACUCUCCAAAGAUGACUUUAUAAACAUGAUGAAACAAAGGUAUGAAUCAAACAUAACUGCAUGUAUUGAGCUGGUUCGUGCGUUUUCAACGGAUUGGUGCAAAUUGUUAGACUUGGAUGAAGACACAUUUCUUUCAAAAAAUGAAUUCAUUAUGGACUUUGUUGCUGGAACGCACAACAGUACCCAAAUAGACGAGCAAUUUUUCUACAUGUAUAAUCCUGUUAAUGAUCGUUUUCCCGUUGACGAUCUCAUCGAGUCUUGUGUUAUCUUUGCAACUGAACCCGACAGCUCAAAACCGGACAUUUUCUUAAAUGGAAUACUUAUCGGAGUUUGAAUAAUAAUUGUUUUGAAAACAUUUGAUGAAAUU